AUGCUCAGAUUUGACGAGAAGGAAGCUAGCAGGCUCACUGGAGACAUCGGCCAUGAAUGUGGAUUUGCAUUUUUGCGUCUGCUGAAACCGAUGGAUUAUUAUAUAGAAAAGUAUGGUACAUGCUUUUACGGCUUGCAGAAAAUGUAUUUACUUCUGGAAAAGCAGAGGAAUAGGGGACAGGAUGGUGCCGGGUUGGCGAAUUUGAAGAUGAACCCACAGCAGGGACAAAGAUAUAUUCAUCGAGAUAGAGUGUCUGUGACACACGACUCGAUAAGGGAGCUAUUCAAGAGGGUCAUGGAGCAAGCUGAGGGGGCUUUGGAAACGGCUGGCUUGGGAGGGCUUGAGCCUGACCAGAUGGAUUCGGAAAUACUCAAGAUGAAGGUGCCUUAUACUGGUGAAUGCUUCUUGGGCCAUGUUCGCUAUGGCACGGACUCUCUGAAUAGCUAUCGUGAAUGCCAUCCUGUUAUGAGAUCAUCAAAUUGGAUGUCGAGGAGUUUGCUGGUGGCUGGAAACUUCAAUAUUACCAAUACGGAGGAGCUCUUCCGUUCUUUGGUGGAACUGGGUCAGCAUCCGGUAGAGUUGUCCGAUACUGUAACGCUAUUGGAGAAAAUUGGGCAUUAUUUGGAUAAGGAGAACAACGAUCUGAUUGUUAAGUAUAGCGCUGCGGGGCAUCCACCGCGGGAGUGUAUGAAGCUUGUAGGUGCUAAUAUUAAUCUUAUCAAAGUCCUGAGGAAGGCUCUAGACAGGAUAGAUGGGGGAUAUGCAUUGACUGGUCUCCUUGGGCAUGGGGAUGCUUUUGUAGUGCGGGACCCUAAUGGGAUCAGACCAGCUUUCUACUAUCAUGAUGAUGAGAUUGUGGUUGUUGCAUCUGAGGCACCGCUGAUUCGAAGUGUUUUUGGAGUUGAUAAGGUUGACUCUGUACCGGCAGGAGCAGCACUUAUAGUCAAGGCGUCGGGACAAGUGUCAGUGGAAUGUGUACUCCCGGCUGCGCCAAAACUGAGUCAGUGCUCAUUUGAAAGGAUAUAUUUUUCGAGAGGGAAUGACGCUGACGUCUAUCGCGAACGGGAGAGGCUUGGACGCUUGCUUGCCACUAGGACACUUGAAAGGGUCGGGGAGGUCGGGGGUACUUUCAAGAACACCGUAUUCUCUUUCAUCCCGAAUACCUCGGAAUUCGCUUUCUAUGGUAUGGUCAAACAGCUUAGAGAGGACCUAUACCGAGAACAGAGGAAAGCUAUGGAAACGGGCACCAAUUUAGGGGUAGGGCCGUUGAGACGAAUUGAGGAGGAGAAGGUGGUGCAUAAGGAUGCGAAACUUAGGACGUUCAUCCAGGAGGAUUCAAGUCGAAAGGCGAUGACGAUGCAUGCGUAUGAUGUGCACUAUGGCACUGUGAAGGAGGGGGAGGUGCUGGUGGCCUUGGACGACUCUAUUGUCCGCGGCAAUACAUUGAAGAAUGCGAUUUUGAAGACACUUGAAAGGCUGAGGCCUUCCUCUAUCGUUAUAGUCUCCUCGGCCCCAAUGAUAUGCUACCCGGAUCCUUACGGUAUUGACAUGGCAAAGUUAGCGGACUUUGUUGCAUUCAAAGCGGCGAUAGCGUUGUUGAGGAGUCGAGGGAAAGAGGGUAUCAUAGAGGAGGUUUAUGAACAGUGCCUUCAAGACGCGGAGUCAGAUGUGAAUUAUGUGAAGCGGAUUUAUGAGGAUUUUACUCAACGGGAAUUGGAGGAUAAAAUUGCGGAAAUAAUCCAGCCUGAAAAUUGCAAGGCCCGCGUUGAAGUCGUCUUCCAAACUGUGGGGAAACUCCACGAGGCUAUACCGGAGCAUUUGGGCGACUGGUACUUUACUGGAAACUACCCAACCUUGGGAGGCGCGGUGGUUUGUAAGAGGGCCUUCACGUUAUGGAUGGAAGGGCGUGGGGAUGAGCGGUGUUAUGGUGUAUCUUCGGGAGGAGGAACUAAUGUAUUGGUAGUGGGGUCGGGGGGACGGGAGCAUGCUUUGGCUACUGCUAUUGCGGCUAGUCAUAAAGUGAAGAGAGUCUAUGUUGCUCCGGGCAAUGCAGGGGAGCAUGAGAAAAUAAUGAAUAUACCUGCAUCGAAUGCCUCGAAGGAUGCCAUUGUUGCAUAUUGCCGUAAGAAGCAUAUCAGUUUGGUGGUGAUAGGUCCGGAGCAGCCCUUGGUGGAGGGCGUGGGGGAUGUAUUGCAAAGUGCAGGGAUCCCAGUAUUCGGUCCGACCGCAGCAGCAGCUGAAAUUGAAGGCAGCAAGGCUUGGGCGAAGGGCUUCAUGAGGAGGCAUGACAUUCCUACUGCGGAGUUCGUCACAGCAACGACCCUAGAGGAGGGGGAGAAGGCGGUGGAAAAAAUAUGCAGUAGUGAUGGAGGUGGAGUUGUUGUGAAGGCCUCGGGGUUGGCUGCUGGCAAAGGAGUGAUCGUAGUGGAUACGGUUGAGCAAGGGAAAGAGGCUCUUCGGGAGAUCUUCCGUCUUUACGGCGGCCCUGUAGUAGUGGAGGAGCUCAUGGAGGGUCCAGAAGUUUCUGUUUUCGCCCUCACCAACGGUCGCAAUUUUGUUGUCCUGCCACCUGCCAGAGACCACAAGAGAGUGUAA